UUAUCCAUAAAUCAGUAUGGUGUAUAUAAACGAGGACAGGAGAUCAGGAGGAAAGAGGAGCAUUUAAUAGCCCUAAAUUAAAUAUGUUUGGUCACACAUAUGGAUGAACGCAUACUGGAAAGACGCGUACUUGCUAGCUGAUAAUGAUCACAUAGGAAGUUUUUCUAUACACGUCUCAAUUCAUGAAAUUAUUUUGGCAUGGAAUCUAUUCCUAAACAGGGAGAGCAUCAGUAUUUUCGCUGUACUGAUUGUGAUAUCAUACUGCAUGAAAAUGACAAGCAAAACCACCUUAAUGGGGCACGACAUAGAUACCGCCUACGAAAAAAACAACCAGAAGAUGAUGUUUCAGUGUAGCGUGUGCGAUACCGAAUUUACCGACUUGCAUUUUUACACAAUCCAUCAGGGUAGCAAAACCCACAAGAGGAACUUGAAGAGGUUACAGCGUAGCAAAAAACUAAAGAAAGGAAAACCUUUAGGAACUAAUGAGAUUGAUGAUCAUCCGGUGCAACAACUGGGUGCAGGAGACUUUAAACCCACUCCAAGGAGGGUGCCAAUACAUGCAUUCGAUACCUAUUUGAGUAUAAGCGAUUUCAAAGACGUUUGUGACUACAAAAGUGUAAGAGAGAAAUAUCGACCAAGAAACACAGAUCUCCCACAAGGUAACAACAAGGCAUACGUAUGCUCUGUAACAGCAUAUUGGGCUGUUAGUUUAGCUCUAGACCCCACGGUAAAAGACUUUAAGAUAUCCCUUAACGAUAAGGAAUGGGGACAAUUUGGUGACGCUGUGGUUCAAAUUGACCUUAAGGAAGCCAAAGAAAAACCUGCACUCUCCACUACGUUUGCCAUCCAGUUCAAGGAUAUAUCUAAUAACGUGAAAUCUAUUGGGUCAUUUGGAGAAGGUAGAUUCUGUUUAGCUAAAUUUAUGACUCAAGCGCAGGCGAUAAAAUUGCGACAAGACGUAGACAAUAAGAAAUUCGUCGUUUUCACCACUGCAUCGGCCGAAAGCAAUGUGGAAAGGCAGCUUAAGUUGAGGGCGGAUAUUAUUCACAAAUCCCAGGGAGUUUGUGACUGUAAAAGUGAUGAUAAAGAAAUACCAAUCGUAACAAGAAACCUCAGCAAUAGACGUCAACUGCUUAUAAACACCUCGGACGACAACGAAAAUAUUUUCUUUUUCUUCUGCACGGACAACGUGCACAACAUCCCAAAAAUUUACAUGUACACCCACCAGAAGAAGCAAAAACACUUUGCCAACUUAAUAAAUGACUUUCUGGCCAGAUCGUUAUUCGGUGAAAAGAAAGUCGACAUCCACAGAGAGUUUGUGCAAUACAUCGAAUAUUGGGGCGAUGGAUACCUAGGUGGCAACUAUAAGCUGAAAAAAGAAGAUGUUCUGGUUAAAAUCGGUCAUCUGUUGAUGUUUCCUUAUAGAAUUCCUCCUAUAGUGCGAUCCGUGGAAAAACAAAAUUAUUCCAUAUGGCAACUGGCUGUCAGUAGCGUGGAUGUUACCAUUUUAAAAAAACAUCCCGUAAUAGUGGCGAAGGUGUGCGAGCCAAUAAAUUAUAAAAUAGAAACAGAGCUUAAUGUGAAAAUAGAUGCCACAAAUAACACUAUUGAUUUGUAUCAAGAGACAAUUACAAAUAUUCAAAACCCCGUAUUAAAAAUGUAUUUAUUUGAAGAGACUAUGGGGGAAAUUAUGGAGGAUGUUCCGCUGGAUUUGGUGUAUGAUUUCUUUUGGAAAGCCGGACUUGUUCCACUAUUGCUUAAAAUUGAAGAUUUAAAAGAUCAGGAGUAUAUUUUAAAUAUAAUUAAUUUAUUAAAAUCUGCUGGGUUAACUCGGAGGUUUUUCCUCAUGACUCCUGAUAAAAACAUUAGAGCGACUGUAAAAUAUUAUAAAAAUUUAACGUUUUUUAACACAUUAGAUGAUAUCGCGGGAAAACUACCCGUGAAUUUAUUAGACAAAAUAAAGAUCAACGUCACAGAUCAGUUUUCUAUUAGCUUAAAGGAAAUCCAGGGAUCUGAUCCGUUUUUCAAAAAAACCAUAGGGGCUCAGGAGUUUUUGGACAUGUCCCUUGGACGCUACAGCUUCAAAUCGUGUCAUAACAAUUUAGCCAUUAGGAAUAGACAAGAAUCCCAAUUGGUAUUAGAAGAUGAUUUAAUGGAGAAAUUGAGGAAGGAAGUAGAGCUGAAAGAUGAACUGAAAAUGGCACUUAUAAAACCUUUGGAAAAUAUUGGUCAAAGUCAUUUUCUUAAGGGGAUAAGACCAAACUUGUUCUCGUAAGGUUACUAAUUUACUGUUGUAGCUGUUUCACUUGGUCACAAAACAAAUAAAGCUUUAUUGUUAUGAACCAAAUAA